UACAAAAUGGCUGCGCGCACAUCCGGGCGGACCGGGUAUUUGUUAAAGAAGUUUGUAUCGCUGUCGGUGAAUUCUUCUAAACAGAGAUAUCACUCCACUUACCAGGUUAACAGUUGGUUACGGACACUUUAUAGAACAACCUCUCAACAGACACCGUUACUACGAGAGAAGUUUCCAUCUCCUACACAUUUGGCAAUUUCUCCGAUCAGGUGUUAUAAUUCAUCAACAGAGGUUGAAAAUGAGGACGUACCGGAUGACCUGUACAGACAGUUGGACGUGGAGGUGAAAGGUCAUGAGCCUGCAGUCCUUGACAGCUACCAAAAAUUUGUGACCUUGGCAGCACAAGAGCUAGAAAUAGAGAUAGGUCAAAUUUUUACUCCCCCCAAAAUAAUCACAAGAAGAACUCUCCUCAAAUCAGUUCACAUCUUCAAGAAGCAUCGUGUUCAGUAUGAAUGGAGAACCCACUUCAGAGUGUUUGAGUUCAAGCAUCUAACCGGAUCAACUGCAGACACGUUUCUAGAGUACAUCCAGAGGAACUUGCCAGAGGGGGUGGCCAUGAAAGUUUCCAGGUACUGCUUAGAGGAAUUUCCAGACCAUAUAGCUGAUGCCAUCAAAGACAGCCGCAGCAAACCAAAGGAUCACUACCCACCUCUCUCAUAGGUGCUGUGUUUGUGCUUUUGUAUCCAUUAGAGCUGAAGUAAUGCUGUACAUUGUGUGAAAAUAAAGUCCUGUUGAAGCUCA